AUGAAUUUACUGUCGCUCGUUUUCGGCUUUCUCGCCUUCCUGCGGCUCUGUCUCCCCGCGUCAGCCGUCCGACUCAUCGAAUCCAACGCUCUGAAUAUCUGUCAAGACAGCUCGAAUUUCACUGCCACCUAUUUCAAUGUCCUCUUUACUCCAGACAACCGAACCCUGACCUUCAGUUUCGAUGGCGUGGCCUCCAUCUCGGGCAAGGUCACCGCCGACCUCACCCUGUACGUCUACGGAUAUGCGAUCCCCCAGAAGACGAUCGAUCCGUGCAAGACGGACAAGAUGAAGGGAUUCUGUCCGAUGAAUGCCGGUCCCAUCGAUGUUCCGACCGCCUCCAUCGAGGUUGGGGAGGAUGUGGUCCGCAGGAUUCCCGGCAUCGCAUAUACUGUCCCGGACCUCGACGCCACCGUCCGGAUCUACGUCAACUCCAGCGCAACCGGCGAGAGUAUCACCUGCGUCGAGGCGCGCCUCUCCAACGACAAGACCGUCUACCAGGCCGGAGUCGGCUGGACCACGGCCAUCAUCUCGGGACUGGGGCUCGCCGCGUCGGCAUUCACCUCGACGCAGGGCCAUUCCAACGCGGCCGCGCAUCUGGCCGGCAACACCCUCGCGCUGUUUGGCUUCGUGCAGGCGCAGGCCAUGGUCGGGAUGCUGGCCGUGCACAUGCCGCCCAUGGUGCAGUCGUGGACGCAGAACUUCCAGUGGAGCAUGGGGUUGAUCCGGGUCGGGGCGGUGCAGAAGAUCGGGACAUGGUACCAGCGGUCGACCGGGGGCGUGCCGUCGACGCUGCUGAUGCAGUUGACCACCACGUCCGUGAAUGUGCUGAAGAAGCGCGCGGUGGCGGAGGAGAGCUCGACGAAUGUGAUUGUCCGGGGGAUCAAGCGCGUGGGGCUCAAGGCGGCGAUCGAGGAUACGAACCUGUUCCUGACGAGUGUGAUUAUUUUCACCUUCUUUGCCCUGGUGGUCAUGAUCAUCGUCCUGCUGAUGAAAGUGGUCUGCGCGGUGCUGGCGAAGAAGGGGCGAACGGGUCCCGCCUGGGGCCACUUCCUCGGUGAAUGGGACGUCGUCGCCCGCGGGGUGCUGUACCGUCUGGUCUUUAUCGGCUUCGCGCCGCUGAGCAUCUUCUGCCUGUGGGAGUUCACGCAGCGUGACUCGUCGGCGGAGAUCGUGGUGGCGGCCAUCAUCCCUGGCUCGAUCAGCGGGGCGCUGGUCUGGGCCGCGGUCAAGAUCAUCCUGCUCAUGCAAAAGUCCAUCUCGAUGCAUCGCAACCCGGCCUACGUCCUCUACUCGGACACCACCUGCCUCAACCGCUGGGGCUUCCUGUACGUGCAGUACCGCGCCACAGCCGCCAGCUUCAUCCUCGUCGUGAUCGGCUACCUGUUCGUCAAAGCGCUGUUCAUCAGCCUCGGGCAGACGGUGCCGAUCGUGCAGACUGUCGCGCUGCUCGUGCUCGAGGGUCUGAUGCUGAUCGGGGUGAGCGUCGUGCGCCCAUGGAUGGACAAACGCACCAACACGUACAACAUCGCUAUCGCGGCGGUGAACUUCCUCAACGCCAUCUUUGUGCUUUUUUUCUCCGGCGUGUUCGACCAGCCGGGGAUCGUCUCCGGGGUGAUGGGCGUGUGCUUCUUCGUGAUCAACGCGGCCCUAACACUCGUGUUGAUACUCUUGGUCAUCUACGCGUCCGUCAUGGCGGUCAUCUCCAAGAGCCCCGAUACGCACUACAAGCCGAUGCAGGAUGAUCGCGGCUCGUUCAUCCAGUCCCAGGCACGGCUGGGGCCGGAGCUGGAUGACCUAAGCGCUGCGGCUCGAGGGGGCAUGGUCGAAACCAAGUAUUGA